UAUAUCUUAUUUAGAGCAAACAGUUGAUUAAACUUACUUUUAGAAUUAAAAUUAUUUUUAGACAUUUUCUAUCUUCAGCCUUUGUUUUGGACAAGCUUUGGAAAUGAUGAGAAAGCAUAGAAUCGAUACUAAUCUCCUGUAUGAUCAUAAUCCACAAGUUUUUCUGGAGAAUACAUGGAUGUUUGUGGAACAAAUUGAUGACAUUUCCAGGAUCAACUUGUUUCUUAUGGAUUUAAAGGAGGACGAUAUCACCAAAACGAUGUAUAGUAGUGCCUACCAUCACAAAGAGCAAGCCAAUUACAUUCCACCUAGUGGAAACAAAGUGAACAUUGUAUGUGAUGCUGUAAGAUUAGCUUUGGAGAAAGCAGAAAGUAAUUGCUGUGCCUGGCAAACAUUAUUGAAGUUACAAUGACACGGCACAUGUGCACUCAUGUUAC